AUGUAUUCAGUGGCUACAUUUGAACUCGGAAAGUCCUCAGACGAGAAAAUCUUUGAUACGGUAUUCAAGGAACUUCAUAGAGAUGGUGAUCACGUUCAGGAGAUUUCUCCUAACAGAAAAAACAUCAAUAGAAGACUUGGUGAUGUGCUAAAUAGUUUUGAAGCAAUUGGGAUGAUAUUGAAAGGUAGAAAUAUCGUCAAAUGGAUUGGCUACCCAAACUACGAUAAAGAAGAAGAAGAAGCCGAGAAAAAGACGCUUACGGACGAGAAACAAAAGCUUGAGAAAUGCAUCCAAGAAAAGAUGAAAAACUUGGAAACGCUGAUUAGCCAGUACAUUUCCUUCAAGAGAUUACUUCACAUGAAACGCAAUCUCGUAAAGGAUCAGCAACAAGGCAUUGUUAAUCUUCCGUUUAUAGUCAUCAGAACGGAUAAGAACACCAACGUGGAAUGCAGUGUUUCUUCUGAUGAGUUUCAAUACAUUUUCACAUUUGAUUGUCCAUUUGAAAUCCUCGACAACAUGGAGGUUCUACAGAAGAUGUACGAAAAUAAAGAAUGA